AUGUUCAUUGUCGCUGAAUUGUCGAUAUUCUUCAUCGCUCUGUUGACGAAUGUUGAAUCUGCUUCAACGAAUCUUCCUCAUCGAAACCCCAAAUUUCCUCCACCUGAAUUCAAAGGAAUUCUUCCAGCCAAGGACUUCAGUCGUCUAGAGGCGAUAGAUGCUGAUCAAAACAUGCCAUGGCAAGAAAAGCACAAACAGAUCGACGCGAUAAUGAGCUCUUUACCCGAUUCUGUUUUGGAUAGACUUCCACUACCAGCAGGUUUCGAAAAACUUCCACAAAACAUUCAAGAAAAAUUGCGAGCUGCUCAUAAAGCAAAGAAUAUUACAUGGGAUCAGCGUCAUGCUAUAAUACAUAAUAUUGUUGAGUCGCUCGGAAAAGAGCAUAAACGCUUGAUUCAUCCACCACCACCACCUAGAGGGUUCGUUUUAUUAAAAUAA